GGAAAUGGAAGCCCAUCUCACGAUGCAUCGGGCGUAGAGGGCCAUUUGCCUUAUCAGGCCCGUCCCGCGCGCGGGCGGGCGGUGCGCUCUUUCCCUCGCUCACGACACUUUCGGUUUUCGCUUGCGAGAGAGACAGUUGCUGUUGCGCGUUUGCUGUGCCCGAGGCACGUUCGCUCUUUACUUAUACCUGCCUAUACCGGCGCCACUCCUUAAUCGGUUGAACUUCGCGUAUAGUCGUGCUUUCUGGAAUUGGCAUUGGAAAGAGCUGGUUGCGCGUUGUUUGGAUACUUGAGCCGAAGAGCUAGACACCUUCCGACCUGCACGAUUGCCCAUCUUUCUGGACCAUUGACGAAACUUGCGACGCGCCUUCACGCUCGCUGAAGAUUCUUGACACUCGCUUUUUGGCUAUUCAUCUCACACACACCCUCCAAGAUGCGCUCGCUUCUCAACUCUCUUGCGGUGCUCACCGGGCUCUUGACGAGCGUCGCCGUGGCCGUCCACCCCGUGGAGGUGCAGGGUCAGGAUCUCAUCGACACAGUCACGAAGAAGCGCUUCAUGAUUGUCGGCGUCGACUACCAGCCCGGCGGCCAGGCAGGCUACAAGCCUCAGGAGGGUAGUGACCCCCUGACCAACAAGUCUGUCUGUCUGCGCGACGCCAUCAUGCUGCAGAAGCUUGGAGCCAACACGAUCCGCGUGUACAACGUUGACCCCACACUCAACCACGACGACUGCGCGUCCAUCUUCAACUCGGCGGGCAUCUACAUGAUCAUUGAUGUCAACGGCCCGCAGUCCGGCGAGAGCAUCAACCGCGCGGAGCCGUGGACCAGCUACCACAAGGACUACCUCAAGAGGAUCUUUGGCGUCGUGGAGAACUUCAAGAACUACCCCAACACACUGGCCUUCUUCUCUGCCAACGAGGUCAUGAACGACAUGAACACCGGCAAGGUGAACCCGCAGUAUAUUCGCGCCGUCCAGCGUGACUUGAAGGCAUACAUCAAAGCGCAUGCCGACCGCACCAUUCCUGUCGGUUACUCUGCCGCCGAUGUCCGCGACAUCCUCCAGGACACCUGGGCUUAUAUGCAGUGCGACAAUAACGGCGAUGGCUCCGAGUCCGACAUCUUCGGUCUCAACUCGUACUCCUGGUGCGGCGGUGAUGCCACCUUCGCGAGCGCAGGCUACGACACUCUUGUGGAUAUGUUCCAGAACAGUUCCGUCCCCGUCUUCUUCUCCGAGUACGGUUGCAACGAGGUCAUGCCGCGUGUGUUCGACGAAGUCGCCUCUCUCUACAGCGACAAGAUGGCUGCUCUGAGCGGCGGUCUCGUCUACGAAUACAGCCAGGAAGAGUCCAACUUCGGCAUCGCCGUCAUCAACGACAACGGCACCGUCAGCCUCCGCAGCGACUACGACGCUCUCCAGAAGCAGUUCAACAAACUCGACGUGACCAAGUUCACGGCGACCGGCUCCAAGAUCACGCCUCCCAAGUGCGACAAGAAGCUCAUUACGAAUGACGCCUUCGACUCCAACUUCACGAUCCCGGCAGUGUGCCCGGGCUGCCAGACGCUGAUUAAGAACGGCAUUGACAAGCCCACCAACGGCAAGCUCGUCAAGGUCACCGACACCAAGGGCCCGAACAAGGUCUACGGCUCGGCCGGCGGCGAGGUGUCUGGACUGACGCUUAAGCUGCUCAGCAACGACGGCGUGAACGGUCCCAGCGGCGAGACGUCGAGUCCCGCGGGCCAGUCCAGCGCGAGCUCGUCGGCGGAGGGGUCUGGUGACAAGACGGGUGCUGCGAGUAAGCUUGCGGGCGGCUGGACGCUGCUUGCUGCUGGUGCCGUGGCUGCGCUGACUGUCCUGUGAUUGUGCAGAUAAACCCGGGCCUGAACCUACCUCGAAGCCUGCGAGUCCGACGCCAACGAAGAAGGGCGGCGCGUAUCGGCAUCGGGGCGCGGGCUUAGGUGUAUGGGGCGUUUGGGUGAUGGUGUUCGUCUUACUGUGAUCUGAGGGCAUCAUUGGGGUGAAAUAAUUCUAUCUUCGAAGUGCAUAUUUGAGGGGAGGUAAUGCGCAGAAUGAUUUUAGCGGCAUUAUGGUGGUUUUGCUUGUGUGUGUGUGGAUUUCAGGUGGAUUUGAGUUUCAUGCUAUACCCUUUUUGCGGACCUGCUAGGAUAGGAUGGUGAAUUUAGCAGAGUAGGAUUUGAUGGUCAGUGUGAGGAAUAGACUUGUUGACGUU